GUGAUCCGCGACUAUGUGCCGGAUCCGAAAGCUUCCUGGCGCUCGGGGAAGCCUGACUACCUCAUAGUAAACCGGACCUUCUUCGAGUACCGAUCGCUAGAGCACGAGGUGGGCUCUCUAGAGGCCAUCGUCAGCAAGCUGAUCAAGAACUGGGCCGUGGAAGCGCAUCAUAUCGCCGAUGUUCAGCACUGGAAGACCAUGGACAUCUCGAAGUUCCAGGGUGCAAUCAACGGUGGCUGCCCUUUCAUGGCACAGCACAUGUCCGACUUCGGGGCAUGCAAUCUGUUCUUGGGAGAGUCCCGAGACUACAACUAUAGAGUACAUAGCUUCGAGUCCUCCCAGAAGGUGUUUCGCACCGCAUUUCCCAUGGGCUUUGCCUGGGAAUGCCUGGAG